AUCAAUUGAACUAGAAAAUGGCAGGGUUGAUUUAACCAGUCUCCAGCCCCGUGCAACAGCAACCUUCUCCUGUAAUGACGGGGGUUUCUGUUUGGGUGCUGGGAGCUAAUGGCAGAAUACUGCUCAUAAAAUGCCACACCAGAUACAGAUUAAUUGGAACGACUUCUGCCCAAUGUGUGGCUAUGGGAAGUGAAGUUAAUUGGGAUAAGGAGCCUCCAUAUUGCCAAGCAAUACCUUGUCCUCCACCUCCUGGUAUCACCCGUGGAUCCCAUACAGGUCAGAGUGGACGAGAGUUUAUCUAUGGCUCAGCAGUAACUUACAAAUGUGACAAGGGCGUUUCUCUUAUUGGAGCAGCUUCCAUUCAUUGUACAACGAAAGAUAAGGUCAAUGGAGUGUGGAGUGGGCCUGCCCCUGAAUGCAAAGUGGUCAGGUGUCGAGAGCCAGAAGUCGAAAAGGGAAAAAAGCAAUCUGGGUUUGGACCUGACUAUUCGUAUGGAAACACUGUAAUAUUUGAAUGUGAUUCUGGCUACACUCUGAAGGGUAGCAGUUCAGUUAAAUGUGAAGCUAACGAAUCAUGGGUUCCAUCUUUGCCCACCUGUGUUGGGAGGAACACUGGUACUGUAAUUGCUAUUGGGAAGAUGCCUAUCAUUCUGGCAGUGCUGAUUACUAACUUAUUCAUCAGACAGUGAAGAUGAAAUUGGAAGAAAAUGGAGGGAAACCUCCUAUGAUUGCACUAAACUUCUCUUGUGAUCCCAGAUUCGUACAGUUGUAUUCAGCAUUGUGGAUUUUGCUGUUGCAAGCAAGAGCCUGUUGAGAUUUCUAUUUGGAGGUUUCUAUCUUGAAGUACUUAUUAUCCCUUUUAAAAUACAGAUUUAAUUAUGCCAAAGAUACUCAUAGAACUGCUGUAGGCUUUUGUUAAUUCACAUUUAUCCUCAGGUUUUUUUAAAUCAAAUCUCCAGAAUAAUCAGUGUUCCUUUGCUCUCAUGUCUAGGAAAUUCCAAAAACAACAACAAAAACCCCAAACUAUUCUUACCCCAAGUCUUGUGUUCAGGAUGUCCUCAGUUAGCAUCCCAGAGUGAAGUGCAUGGAUGUGUGUAAGACUCAGGUGUUCAGAGUCCAUGCUAUCAAAUUGUUUAAGUUUGCAUUGAGACCCAAAAUAAAUGACCUGUUUCCUUAUGAGCCAUUUCUGAUAAGUAAUCAGUAAAAUGGUUAUACUUGUGAGCAAAUUCUUCAGUGAUUCCGUGCCUAAACAAAAUGUCUUUAUUUUAACAUUUCAGUAGCUGAAAACAAGUUUGGUAGCAUUUACAGCAAGCUUAUUACAUUCAUGAAAUAAUUCUCUGCUGUGAAAAGGUGUUUAUAACCAAAUGGUGUGUUGUCAGUAGGACUGAAAACAUAAAUUAUUUGUAUAGAAUUUUAUUUGGUAACCUGCAUAUUUAUUGAAUGGAAAAAAAUGGAAUUUUGGUUGUACUUAAAUCUUUUUCUCUGAAUAAAAGGAAUAUAGUACAAAGA